AUGCAGACUAUGGAGACUAGGAAUAAUAGGGAGACUAGGAAUACUAGGGAGACUAGGGAGACUAGGGAGACUAGAGAGACUUGGGAGACUAGGGAGACUAGGGAGACUAGGGAGACUAGGGAUACUAGGGAGACUAGGGAGACUAGGGAGACUACGGAGACUAGGGAGACUACGGAGACUAGGGAGACUAGGGAGACUAGGGAGACUAUGGAGACUAGGGAGACUAGGGAGACUAGAGAGGCUAAGGAGACUAGGGAGACUAUGGAGACUAGGGAGACUAGGGAGACUAGGGAGACUAGGAAGACUAGGAAGACUAGGGAGACUAGGGAGACUAGGGAGACUAGGCAGACUAGGCAGACUAGGCAGACUAGGGUGACUAGGGAGACUAGGGAGACUAGGCAGACCAGUGAGACUAGGGAGACUAGGGAGACUAGGAAGACAACAAAGACUAGGAAGACUAGGGAGACCAGGGAGACUAGGGAGACUAGGGAGACUAGGGAGACUGGGGAGACAAGAAAGACUAGGAAGACUAGGGAGACCAGGGAGACUAGGGAGACUAGGGAGACUAGGGAGACUAGGGAGACAAGAAAGACUAGGAAGACUAGGGAGAUCAGGGAGACUAGGGAGACUAGGAAGACUAGGAAGACUAGGGAGACCAGGGCGACUAGGGCGACUAGGGAGACCAGAAACAAUAGGAAGACUAGGGAUAAUGACAAAGGAUUUUCUGUGUAA